AUGGCUAAGAGUAAAACCACUUACGAGAUCACCAAGUCUCGCAUCAUCAAGUUCAUCGUCGGCAAAAACAAGGCCGAACACAAUGUCCACCGGGCAGUCAUCAGUCGCCUCUCCAAGCCACUUCGAGCCCUCGUUACCAACGGUAUGAGGGAGUCUGUGGAGGUCGUUGUUGUCUGGGCUGAUGUCGACUCCGAUGCUUUUGCUCUAUUGAUGGAGUUCGCAUACAGCAAGGAUUUCACUAUCACCGAUGAGAAGAAGGAGACAAGAGCGGAGAGAAAAUACCAGGGGACCUUGAUCCGGCUUGGCGUCGCCUCAUUCACACAGAUCAUCUGCGACCUCAUGGCCUUCAUCUGGCCAAACACAUUGCCAAAUGACCAAUUUCGAGAGCUAAUCAUUGACUACUUGGGCAUUGAGUUCCACAGAGCCUUCAAGUUGCCCUGCAUUUUCAAAGUCUUGGAAAAAACUCCCGAGAUCUAUAUAGAGGUUCUCAAUCGCUCGCCCGAAGUUCGAGAGGAAUUGGCUGAGUGUGAUCGCUUCAUGGCCAUGCAUCCAGAAUCCAGAAACCGCAAGCCGCUGUAUCGCAAACCCAGUUCAUCACUCAAAGAUUUAGCGUCUGCUCGGCCAGAGAGAGAAAAGAGACAACGCUUGCUGCGGUUCUAG